AUGGAAGAGGAAGGACAUGUUGACUGGAAGAGGAAGGAGGUACUAAGUUUUAACGAAAUGGAAAGGGGUAAAAUGGUCAUUUCCAUAGUUAACGGAAAAUUAAAGAAUAUCCCUUGUUGUUAUCAAAAGAGUGGAGCGUUUGAAGCCUUUUAUCAAAAGCUUGAUACCAAAGAGAGGGAGAAAUAUAUUUUUAAGUUGGCUAAAGCCAGAUAUAGGCAGGGGAAAGACCUAGGGACAGUGAAGUACAUUAAGGAUGAGAGUGGACGAGUACUCCUUAGACAAGAGGACAUCAAAUUAAGAUGGCGUCAAUAUUUUUCCCAACUGCUCAAUGAUACUAAGGGUCUAACUAAGAAAAGUCGAAAAACUUCGGGCAUACAAAGAGCACAGGUUCAUGGGUCGUUUAGUGAUAUAACCACGGCGGAAGUAAGAGAAGCUCUCAAAAAGAUGACGGGAUUUAAUCCGAUUGAGGUGUGGAGGGGUUUAGGAGAAAAGGGCAUUCAUUGGCUUACUAAACUCUUUAAUGCCAUCUUGAGAUCUAGUAAGAUGCCGGAAGAACGGAGGGGUAGCACAAUUAUCCCACUAUUUAAGAACAAGGGCGAUGCACAAGAAUGCGGAAACUAUAGGGGUAUCAAACGCCUAAACCACACAAUGAAACUGUGGGAAAGAGUGAUUGAGAUAAGAAUUAGACGAGAGACGUGA